AUGAAGAAAUACUUAAGCACAAGGAAAGAUUGUCAGGCUAUUUGCAAGAAGGUCCAUAUUGUCUCCCAGGAGUAUACCCAUUAUUCGUUGAUGGCCAGCAUCCGAAUGAACUCCUCAGCCGCUGCUAAGCCAAAGAAGGAUGAUGCAGCCGCAGCAGCAGCGCAAGCAAAAUACAAAAUUGUCCAAAAGCUAGACAACUUCAACGAAAUCCAGUCCAAGAGACCAAACUUCGACCAUUCCCGUACCCCAAUUGAAGUCACCAAAUCACCAUACCCCGACUGGGGGUAUGGCCAAGGCGUACCAGACGGCGGAGUCAGCGCGAGCAAAAACCACGUCGAAAUCGACCCCUACGUAUCCGAUCGUCCCAUGGUCAACAACUACCGACUGCUAGUCUCUGGGAUUGCACCGCGCCCGAUCGGAUUCAUCAGUACAAUCUCCGGUGAUGGCGAAAACCAAGAACCUCGCCCCAUUCAGUUAUUUCCAGGUCAUUGA